AUGUCUCCAAAGAAUGUUGCUGAGCCGGAAGAGAUCACCGGACAGAGUGCCCUUCCAAUCUCCCGUAUCAAGAAGAUCGUCCAGCUUGACGACGAUAUUGUACAAUGUUCCAACAACGCGACCUUUGUGAUCGCCAUGGCUACUGAGAUGUUCAUUCAGUAUCUCGCCGAGCAGGGACACAAUGUGGUAAAGUCAGAACGGAAACCGCGAAAGACGGUGCAAUACAAGGAUCUGGCUACCGCAGUCUCACACAUUGACAACCUCGAAUUCCUCUCCGACGUGAUUCCUAAGACUACGACGUACAAGCAGUUCAAGGAAAACAAGGCCAAGGAUGCUGCUAAACACGCUGAGAUGGAAAAGGGCCAGCGCACUUUGAACGGAUCUAGCUCUGUGCCCAGCAACACCAAUGGCGCUUCUGCCGAAUCUACUCUACCUCAGCCUGAAGUGGCUAUAUUGUCACCAUCAGUUCCUCGCACACCCGUGGUCCCCGUGAGCGCGCUGAUCGCUGACCGAACGGUUGAUCAUUCGGCGCGGAAUGACCCUGACAUUGAAAUGAAGGACUGA